CUGACCACACUCAGCGAGAGAACGGGGGUGGGGAGGGAGCCGGAGUGGGGCGCAGAUACAGGGAGUCUGCUUUGAAAGCUGCUCCUCUGGCUGUGCCCAGGCUCUGUGAUCGCCGCGAACUUGCAGGGACUGCCCUGCUCCCAGCCUCUGGUCCAUCGGUUGUUUUGCAGUUUUGAUUUUUUGGCCGCGUCCCUGAUUUUCAAUCGAGCCUUUAAUCGCGAGGUGCCGCCAGUUUAAAGUUGCUUUAAAUUUCGCAUGAACCCUCGUUUAAAACCGCAGGAAACUCGAUUGACCGUGCAGUUUUUGCUUCUGCAAGGGACUCCAAUUUUGGCGGAGUUGUUUUCUCUCGUUGCAUCGCAGUCCUUUUUCCUAAGUUGCAUUGAGCCCAGUUUUCCUGAAGUUCUGAGUUGCACUGCGCCCCUGGCUUUCUCUCUGGGUUGCACAGCGCCUUCUCUGUGCGGUUUCUGCUUCGUGCCCCAAUGCCGCGUCGCCGGGCGCUGUCCACUCGGAUGUUGGUGCUGAUCCUGUGCGGCGUUCUCGGCGGCGGCUCCGGCACUCGGGUUUUGAGCGGUCAGACAGUGUGCUAUGGCGGCCCAGAGUACCCCUGCUACAAGAUCGCCUACUUCCAGGACCUGAGCAGGCGCAUUGGCUUUGAGGAGGCGAGUCAGGCUUGCGAGAUGGAUGGGGGAGGCCUUGUCAGUAUCCGCUCGGCCACUGAACAGCGGCUAAUCGAGAACCUCCUGCAGGAUCUCACCAAAUCAGGGUCUGGGCUUUCAGAUGGAGAUUUCUGGAUUGGAUUGAGGAGGAGCAAUGAGGGCCAGUCUCCCAACACAUUCGGUGGAUGCCCUGACCUCUACAGGUGGACAGAUGGAAGUGCGGCAAAGUUCAGGAACUGGUAUGCUGAUGAGCCUUCUUGUGGCAGUGAGGCAUGUGUAGUGAUGUAUCACCAACUGACCGCUCAGCCUGGGCUGGGAGGCCCCUACCUCUAUCAGUGGAAUGAUGACCGGUGUAACAUGAAGCACAAUUUUGUCUGCAAGUACGCCUCAGAAAACCUCAUGACCAAUGAAUCUGAAGAACAUGUGACGUCAGAUUAUGUUUCAGAAAACGUGUCCACGGGUCCAGGAGUCAAGGUUCAAGCGCCCAGUAAUUCCGCUGAUGACCAACACCAUAUGGUUGUGACAGAAUCAUCAGCAAAGACCGAUCGAAGAGCAGCCCAAACGAGUCGACUCUCUGGAUAUCCGCAGCUCCAAAGAAGGAGAACCUUGCUGAUGUUUAGUAAACUGCAGCCUGGACCUAAUCCCAUGGAUAAAGAGUCAGGCAACAACAUUAAUAACACACACACAAAACCAACCAUCCGACAAGCUGAUUACAGACUUCUGAGAGAAUGCAAACGGAGACAAGACAGGUCUGAGAGAGGCCAAGGACCAUUGAGCCAGAUCAUCAACAGAAACGAGAAAACAAACCUCCCUUCCUCUUGUCAAUUUUUCUUUUCACUGCUGUGUUCUGGAUGGAUUUUAGAGAAAGUCAGAGGAGAUGCAGUCUUUGAGGGGAGUGUCAAUGGAAACGAUGGGUGCUGUUAGUAUACAGCUUUUGGACAAAUUACAAGAGGCGGGAUAUACCAAGAGACAGGCCAGGGUUCUAAUCUGGAGGUUUUGGCAGGGAAUUGACUGCCUAGGGAUUUGAAACUCAUUUCACUCGGGGAUGUAGAGUGGAGGGGUGGGAUGGAAUGAGACAGACAACAUGCUCCUAAGGAGCAGCAGUGAAUGGCCUUAAAUUGAUGAAGUAUUAUCAUUACUACAAUGUCAAGCUUCUGGUGAAGAUGCUACGGUCAAUGACUCUGGGCACAAGUGAUAACAGAAAGUAGGAAAUGCAGUUCCCUUUCUCCACAAAAUAUGAUGGCUUCCAGAGAAAAAAACAGAUCAAUUCUCAUUUGCUUCCCUCCAAUUGCCCAGAAUGAGUAUUUCCAUUUUUGGCGUGUUUGUUGCUCUUGUUUACUUGAAAUUCUACUUUUUUUGUGCUGGGAAGACAUUAAGAAAGUUUGGGGUGAGGGGGAGAGAAAGGUAAUAUGUUUUAUUUGUAUUGCGUGAAGAACUGAACUGUUUAUAGUUUUCACUCUAGUUGGCGAUGAUGGUAAAUUGGGCCAGUUUUGGUUUGAAUGGUGCCAUGCUUAGCAUGCGCUAAGAUUGUCAACCAUGCCAACCUCAUAUAAGUCACAUGGUAAUCUAACAGCAGGCAUAAAUAGUGCCCCAUUUUUGGCACCAGUAUUGUGCUCAAUUAUUGGACCUGGAGAGUUUAUUUAUCUCCUACGCUGAGGGCUUUUUUCUACUCUCUAUAGUCAACCAUCGGCUUAAUCAGUAGUGUUACCCUACUUCCACCUCUAUAAUACCAUCUGCCUCUACUCCUCUGUACCUAUUCUCCUGCUUAUAUCCUCUUCCAUAUUGUCUUUGUUGGCUCCGCACUCACUAAUUUUACAGCUCCCCUGGCCUGUUUCCCACCUUGCACUGUUCUUGAACUUGAACUCAUCCAAAGUGCUUUUGAGCAUUUCCUAUCUUGGAACAUGUUUCUUUCACCCGUCACCCACGUUGGUUCCCAGCCUGGCUACUUGACUCCAAAAAUUCUCAUCUUUGUUUUCAAACCCUUUUGUGACAUUGGCCUGCCUAUCUCUAGCCUCCUCCAUCUCAGAAACCUUCCCAGAUCUCUGUGCUACUCUGAAAUGUAUCCUCUUACUUAUUCUUGGUAUUUAGACUAUCAUUGGUGACCAUGUAUCUAGGUAUCACUAUUCAUAGCUCAAUAAUUCCCUCCCAACAUUUCUCCCCAACUCAUUUCCUUUAAGGUGCUUCUUAAAUCUCUGACCUAUCCUAACAUCUCUUUGUGUGAUUAGCUGUCAAAUUUAAUUUGAUAAAGCUCCUACAACGUGCUCCUGAAAUGUAAGUUCCUGUUCAUUGAUAAAAGAGCGACAAAUUCAUUCUGGUAAGCUGUGUACUUUAUUUUUCCAAAUCAAACGUAGUCCAUCGAAAGUGAAGACGCAGGUAGACUGGGUGAUGAAGAAAUCAUUUGGCUUCCUUGUCUACGAUGGUCAGUACAUUGAAUAUAUGAGGUGAGGUGUCACAUUGUGGCUGUACGAGACAUUCAUGAGGCCUCUUUUCGAACAUCAUGUACAAUUCUGGUCGCCCUUCUGUAGGAAAGGUAUUGCUAAACAUAAGAGGGCUUAGAAAAUAUGCACAAGGAUGUUGCUGGGACUGGAGGGUUUGAAUUUUAAGGAGAGAUUGGUUAGGCUGGGGCUUUCUUCCCUGGAGCAUUGGAGACUGAGAGGUGGCAUUGUUGACUUGCUUGCUGAUCUGGCUUGUUCUCGUUCAGAUGUUU